AUGUCUAGUGGUGGGCAAUACCGCGAUCGAAGUUCGGGCAUGCCCACCUGGGUUGAAAAUGUUAAGGAGUAUUCUUCGCGAGCCGAAGACGUGAUCGACACAUGGUCACAGCCGAUCAAGCCGUACCUUCCUGCGUUGGGGCGUUUUUUGAUUGUUGUGACGUUCCUUGAGGACGCGAUGCGUAUCCUCAUGCAGUGGAAUGAUCAAGCGAUGUACCUGAACCAUUUCCGUUCGAUGCCUAAGUUUAUCGCGCAUCUCUUCUUGUUUAUCAAUGUUGUGCAGAUCAUGACCUCUGCGUCCACCAUGGUCAUCGUUCGUCGGUUCACCGAGUACAGCGUCGGAUUGCUGCUGUUUAUCAUUGUGUUCCAGGGUCUUGGCUACGGCCUAAUUACGGACCUCAACUUUUUCCUGCGCAACCUGUCGGUGGUCGGCGGUCUUUUGAUGGUGCUCUCUGACAGCUUUGCAGAAAAAAAGAAAAACAUCUUUGCUGGGAUCCCAAGCAUCAGCGAGACGGAUAGGAGGAUCUACUUCCAGCUCGCAGGCCGUGUCCUCCUCGUGUUCUUGUUCCUCGGGUUUGUCUUGCGCAGCGAGUGGAGUAUUUUGCGAAUCUUUGUAUCGCUUGUCGGCUUUGGCGCUUGUAUUAUGGUCGCCGUGGGCUUCAAGGCACGCUGGAGCGCCGUGUUCCUUAUCAUGUUGCUCAGCAUCCUCAACGUUGCCGUCAACAACUUUUGGACGUUCCACGCCAAGCACCCGCACCGCGACUUUUUACGCUACGACUUUUUCCAGACCCUCUCUAUCAUGGGUGGCCUUUUGUUGUUGGUCAACAUGGGCCCCGGAGGCAUUUCGCUCGAUGAACGCAAGAAGGUCACGUAG